UUGAAGCUCCGCCCCCUCCCGCUCUUUCCUGCUCUUUCCCUCUUCUUGCAGGCGAGGAAAGUGGCGCCGUAAAUAACCGAAUAGCUGCGCGCUCCCCGCCUACCCCGCCAAGAAAAGUGGCGGGAAAGGAGGUCUGCGAUGGCGGCGCUGGUAGUUGAGGACGUGUUGGCUGAGCUGAGGCUCUUCGGGCUGGACUUGGAGGAGGGUGAAGACGGGGCUGCCCUAACCGACAAAUGUGAGCCGCGUAUAGAACGGCGAAGGCGAUAAAUUGGGGGGGGGUAUUUACUAGGAAGGGCGCUAGUUCUCAUUGAGGAGCUUUUUAUUUGGAGGGGGCUUAAUUUGGGAUAAGCAGGCGGUUGCCUAUGUGGGGAAGAGCGGUGGACUUGGGGGGAUUUCUGGGGGAUGGAAGAAGCGUGGAGAGAAAGUGGGGAAAGAAGAUAUGGGGAAAAGAGGGAGGCGGAUUCAGAGAGAUGGGCAGUUUUAAAAAUGAGACUUGCCUGGAUCGGGCCAGAAGAUCCGUCUAGCCGAGGAUCCUAUUUCCAGGAGUGAGCUGCUGUAUAUUCCUCUGGGAAAGCAGGGCCUGAAGGAAACGGUUGUUUAUUUUCUGUACCUGGUCUUCAAAGGUAGACUGUCCCUGAAUGUGGAAGCUCAGUGUGACUCUCGUAGCUGCUGUCUACAGGAGAAUGUGGCUGUGAGCUUUGCCUGUUUGAAAUGCUGCCCCUUAAUAAAUUGUUUUUGGCUGGCUUUAAUAUCGUUGUAACCCAGCCCUGGGGCCUUAUGGUGAAGGGUUGCCUUCCUGAAUCAGACGACGGGAAUUAGGGUUGAACUGUUAAUGUGCUUUAAAUCUUACAUUCAAACAAAUCCAGGAAAUUUGCCAGGAAAUUAUUUUUAUUGUAAUACUUGUAACUAUUUUUUUGACAUUUCAAUGAAAUACAAUGUAAAAGAUUUCAAUUAUUUAGAUUUUAAGAAAAACAACAAAGGUGCUAAAAGUUAUAAAUAUAUUUUUAAACUUUGAUUUUAGAUUUCACUAGUAUGGUUUCUAUUGCCCAUUUUGGACUGGAUUGUGUGUAUUCUGUUCAUUGAUUACAUGAGACAAUUUCAAAAACUGGAAAGUUUUCUGCAGAAAAAUCUAAUGGUGGAAAUUUUUCAUCGCACUUCACUGAGGUGGAUCUCACUGUCUGUUAGAGGGAUGUCCUUGAGGAACUGAUAAACUACCGCUGUUUAAUAACUCCUCUCUCUCUUUCUCUCUUGUAGUGGUGGAACUUUGCACGUUGUACAGGUUGAAAGAAAACGAGAUUGCAAAUAAAAUAAUUGCUUUUGCUGUAACGAAGCAAUUCAUUAAGCUUACGGCAGAGUUCCUGCACAUCUUUGAACAUGAAGUAAGUGAGCUUUUGGAAGGAAUUGCGGUAGAUAGAUGUUUUGAUUUGCCUAUUUGAGGUAGAUCCACUAUAAAGGCAGUUCCGCUAUGGUGCAUUCAGUGGAUAGAACGAUAUAUGGAGCAUAGGCGGCAGCCCCUACCCUCUGAAACUCCCUGCCUAUUGAUGUUAGGCAGUCUCCUGGGCUGUACUGUUUUUGGCACUGGCUAAAAACUUUUAGAAUGCCAUCUUGCAUGCAAUUUAACCGUGUACAGUGGUACCUCGGGUUACAUACGCUUCAGGUUACAGACUCCGCUAACCGAGAAAUAGUACCUCAGGUUAAGACCAUUGCUUCAGGAUGAGAACAGAAAUUGUGCUCUGGCGGCGCUAAAGUGGCACUUCAGGUUAAGAACAGUUUCAGGUUAAGAACGGAGCUCUGGAAAGAAUUAAGUACUUAACCCGAGGUACCACUGUAUGUUCAUUUUAAAACAGCAGAUUUUGCUUUUUGAUACAUUUCAUGUCAAUUUGUUUUUAAUGUUUUAUGUUAUGACUGUUUUGCUAGAGGUUGCCGCCCCUGCCCACUUUGCUCGCCUACCCACCCCCCUUACUGAUACCCUUUAGAGCUUGAUGUUAGAGGUGCAGAGCAGAAAGGCAGGGAAGACUACAAAAGGCUUUGACCAUCUCAUGCUGUCACUGCCCCCUGGUUGAUUAGGAAGAGUCAUCACAGCACACGAAGGAUGAAGGGAGCCAGGAUCUGCUGGGAAGCAGUGGCAAAAGCAGUGGAUCCUUAAGCGGGGCGGGGGGCGGGGAAGUGGCCAGUAGCAGUGCUGGCCAGCCUAUGGAUCCAGUCCCUUGAGUCAGGGUCAGCGUUCGAAAUUUGCCAAGUGCCAGGCGCAUGGGGAAAAGGUUCUUGCUCAGAGAGAGAUGUUCUUUCCAUUUCUUCUCUGUUCAGAACAGAAGGGAGGGUGUCAUCCAAUGAAAUGUGGGCAUGUUUAAUGGGACUUCCAAGAGGAUCAAGCAGUCUUUUCAUCAUUGCUGAUGUUUCGGACAAUAUUUACGGGUGCCAUAGCAGGUACUGAUGCACAUAGCAGUACCCAUGUCUGCCUUGUUGAUCCCGGCUAAGCCAAAAGUGCUGUGAUGAUGGGAGGUGUUAGCUUCCCUGGGGUUUCGACUGCUCGUGCUCUUCUUUCAGGUGCUGCACAAGCGAUCCACGAAACCGCAGAAGAGGAAGGAGAGCCAGUACCCUAGAAUCAGAGAUGUCAACAGCAUUCAAGAACUGUAUCCUCCCAAGCAGCUGAGCAUGACUCAAACGGAGAGGUCCUUUUGAACAUGGCAGCAAAACGCCCUAGCGGUAAAACUAAUCAAAUGCAAGCUUUGUCUCUCUGUACCCCACUGUUGUCUUCUAAUGUUUGGGUGAGAGAAAAAAUCUAAUUUUAAAAAUGGGGUGAAUUGGAGCAAUUUUCCCUUUUUGUGGUGGCUGCUAUUAUGGGGUUCAGCCCUUGACUCUGAUUUCAGUGUUCUGCCUUGAAGUAGGCACACUAAUACUGAAGAGGAGAAGCAUCUAAACAUGUGCAAAGCGCAUUUCACCAGCGUAACCUAUGUUGCACACCCAUGUAGUCUUCUCCACCUUGUGCAAUAGCACCCCAUGGGUCGUGGACCACAUAUGCCAUCAUGCUUUGUCACUGGCUGUUCCUGGGUGGGACCGAUGGGGGUCAGACAACCAGUGAGCAACGAUGGCUCUUGUGUAAUUUUAGCUCAUGCAUUUUCGGUGUGCGUUUGGCUCCCUUGACUCUUCUUAGUCUCGAUGUAGAGGAGGAGGAAGAAAACCUUCUAGAUACCUACACGUCACCAUCAAAAGUAAGUAUGUGGAAGGGAGGAAAUUUUGAAGAACAUGUAUAGGAACGAGCUCACAACGCAUCUUGCACACGUUAGCUGAUGCAGGAACAUUGCAACUUAGAAAGCUGUGCGCACCUGUGACCUUCUGCAUUCAAAGACAGUGCCUUGCCUCUGUGCUAUCUUUAUAUCACAUCAGACUAUUUCUCUAUCUAGUCCAAUGUUUAUCCUCUCUGGCUUGUGGGAACUCUCUUAAGCUGUCAGGCAGAGACCUGCUUUUGUGCUGGGACAAAUUUUGUAUGGUAUAUUUGUAUUUGCAUUUUAUAUUGAUUUGUAUCAAUAAGAGCACUACUGGGGCAAGGCAAGGGCACAUCUAGAAAUCCAGCACCCAGGGCUGUAUCCAACUAAGUUCUACUUAGAGUAGACCCAAUGAAAUUAAUGGGCUCAAGUUAGUUGUGCUCAUUAAUUUCAUUGGGUGUCCUCUGAGUAGAGCUAACAUGGGGUGCAAACUUCUCUCACAGUGGCCAACCGGAUAUCUAUAGCAAGCAGAACCUGAGUGCAACAGCACCAACAAUUGGCAGCAAAAGACAUACUGCCUCUGACUGUGGAAGGAGAACUUAGAGUAGCUAUUGUGACUAGUAGCCACUGAUUGGCUGCAUAGAAUCACAAAAUUGCAGAGUUGGAAGGGAUCAACUUCAGCAGUGCAGGAAUCUUUUGCCCAACGUGGGGCUUGAACCCACGACCCUGAGAGUGAGUCUCAUGCUCUACCAACCUGAGCUAUACCGACUCAAUAAUUUGUCUACCCCUCUUUUGGCCCUUGCUGCCUUUCACUGGAGCAAAUUUCCUAGUUUGUGUGCUGUGCAAAGGACUUCCGUUGUGUGUCCUGAAUUUUCUUCACCUGGGACUGGGAGACACCUUCCUCUGAGACCCUGGAGAGCUACUGCCAAUCAGAGCAGAAAACAGCCGGCCAGAUGUUUUUAGUUUAGUCUUUAAAAAAAAAAAAGGCAAGGAAGGUGAGAAAACACAAACGAUGUACAGUGUAGAGCCAGUUUUUCUCCCCCUCUCAUAUAACACUAGAGCCCAGUGAUGCUGGAUGAUGGGAGAUUCAGGACAGAAAGCAGGUAGACUUGUGAAUUAUCCCCCACCUAAAACACUGCAGAGCUUCUGCCAGCCAGUGUAGACAGUACUAGGCUACAUGGACCAAUGUUCUAACUCCUGUGCUUCCAACAAGGCUCUCUGUGAGGCUGAGCUGCUCUACCCUUUACUGUCUUGCAGGGAUCUCAGAAGCGGGUGAUAACCACACCGGAAAACCCGCGUUCCAAGCGGACUCUCUCCAACUGCAGUCCCCGCCUGGCCUUCUCCCCCAGCAGCUUCUCGCCCAGGUAUGCCUUGACGCAGCCCGUAAAUGUGUGGCCCACCUCUUUCUUUGAUUAGCCAGCGUUGCUUUUCUGAAGGACUCAGAACCUGCCUCUUGUUCAGAGAUGUCAAAGUGUCCUUAAAGAAGAGGGCCCAUUCCGGCUGCUGCACAAAUGCAUUGCAGCUGAAAAUGGACCCAUUUCUGGUGGAGCUUUGAGGUGCAGCAAACCAAGUUUUGGUACAGUGGCUCAGUAACUGCUGCUUUCACUUUGCUGGUUGACCGUGAUGCAUGUCUAGCUGUGCCGAUCCUUGGGUUGAUUUGCCACAUGCUGAAUUUGCCGGAGGUCCUCUUGGUGUGCCAACUUGGCUGGGUGAAUUGGGAUUUUUUUGUUUUGUUUUAGAUGCUGGAUUUAUUACAGGGAAAGGCCUUGCUAGAAAAAUAAUGUGUGUUUUCUAAACUAGUUUUUAGUAUUGCGUGUGAAUAAGAGGGCAAUCCUAACCCUAAUCCUAGCUGCAGCCCUAAAACUCGUAGCUGCAUAUCUGCACCACAGGCAUUAAACUGCUGGUUUAAGAGCCCAUAUCUCUGCUGCAGAAAUCACUGGGAAAUGUCGCUGGGUGGAGGCUUACUGUGUGUAGGGGGGCUGGGUGCAUGCAUGGGAGCCACACCCCCAAUAUCGCCUCUGUACUGGUUGCACCUUGACUUUCAUGCCAAAAACGUUCAAAAAUUGGAGUGGCUGUGUCUAGCGUGCAGGGAGAGUUGGUUCGCGCACUUCCAGUCACAUUCAGGCUGGGCACCUGAACAGUGCUGCUCUAAAUUGAAGAUAAAACCUGAUAACUUUAAAGUCCAUCGAAUUCAGUGGGACCACUCUGAGCCUGACUUAAUUGGCCGCAACCAAGCCAUGGUUCAGAGCUUCCAACAACAUACUGAGGAAACAAUGGCUCUGAGCUUGUUGUCUUCUUUUUUGUGUGUUCUUUACCACCUGCUUUAAUGCUUCAGGUGCUGCGGCCUUCAGAGACAGAACAGUGGUUUGUCCCUUCAGAUGUGAUACUAAGUUCUAGUUGGCGCAAACUCAAACCAUAGCUCCUGGUCUUGGCCUGUUAGUCAGUCACAAACCAUGGUGCAUCUGUUUAGACACUUAAAUACAGUGCAAGCUGCUGUUAAAGACAGAUUUUCCGUUCUACUUUUUGUUUCAUUCCUUUUCUGCAGUAUCAUACCAGAGGGGGAAAAAAUGCCUCACAUCUCAUACCCCUACUAAGGUUUUUGUUGAUUACUCAGGGGGAUGCGGGUGGUGCUGUGGGUUAAACCACAGAGCCUAGGACUUGCCGAUCAGAAGGUCGGCGGUUCGAAUCCCCGCGACGGGGUGAGCUCCCGUUGCUCGGUCCCUGCUCCUGCCAACCUAGCAGUUUGAAAGCACGUCAAAGUGCAAGUAGAUAAAUAGGUACCGCUCCGGCGGGAAGGUAAACGGUGUUUCUGUGCUGUGCUCUGGUUCGCCAGAAGCGGCUUAGUCAUGCUGGCCACAUGACCUGGAAGCUGUACUCCGGCUCUCUUGGCCAAUAAAGUGAGAUGAGCGCUGCAACCCCAGAGUCGGCCAUGACUGGACCUAGUGGUCAGGGGUCCCUUUACCUUUUACCAGAUUAAAGACCCAGUUGCAAUUGGAUAAAACUAUUUAACACUGGGCAAUGCUUGUAAAAUAUUGAUCUUGAAAUCAAGGAAGUGACCAGGUUUUCCUGAAUUUUUAAAAAUUGUUUCUCUUCUUCCCCUUGCUUGCCGCCCCUCAAGGGCUACCCCUUCACAGAAGUAUGGUUCUCGAAGCAACCGCGGAGAGGUUGUCACCUCCUUCGGCUCUGUGCAGGGAACCUCCUGGAGGGGAAAUGGCGGCUUGGGCACCUCUGUGAACCUCUUCCAUUCUCCCCAAGAUUCCCUCACCAAGCCCUACAAAUUCAUGUUCCAGGAACUUGUGGAUAACCGUGAAGGUAAUUUUUAGAAAAUCCUCUAUCUGUUUCUACCUGUAUAUUGAAAACCUACUGGACAUGAUCCAGCUAGUGCAGAAUGUGAUUGCGGGUGCACUGACAGGUACUUGCAGAACUCCUGGUUUUUUUAGGAUCUGCGCUAACUGCCUGCAUGUCACCAGGCCAGCUUAAGGUGUAGUCUGGAACUAUACUUGAUGAUCUAACAAUGUUGAUAGUUUUUACUUGGACUUUGUUGUUUUAAUUCAAGUGCAGCUACUCUUUCUGCAUGCCUACUUUACAGUUUUCAUCUUUUAAUUUUUUUAAAAAAUUGAGUUUUGGGCAAAUACAAACAAGACUCAACAUAAACAAAUUACAGAAAACAAAGAAAGCAAAAAAAUAACAAGAGGAAAUAAAAAUAAAAAGAAAGGAAAAACAAAAGCAUGAACAAAAAUGAAGUGAAAUUAACUAUACAAUACUAUUUCAAAACAUCAAUCCUCAAACAAAAUACUUUCCCUUUUGGAAUAGAUCUCUUUUGUUAUUCUGUUUAUUUUCGUUUUCAUCUUUUAAUUUUUGCGUGUUGUUACAAUUGUUCUCUCUGUUUUAUAUACAAUAUAAAGUGAAAUAGUAAUAAAAAUGUUUCAAUAAUACAAAUAAUAAUAAAUAAAUAAAUAAUAAAAUUUUAUUUAUAUCUCGCCCUCAAUCAAUCUUUAUCUGCCUCUUUCCCUCCCUCUAAAAAUGAAAUAAGUGCUUUCCUGCAAGAUGGAAGACCUUGGUGCGGCACUGAAGGAGCACUACAAAAUAGAAGAAUUUUCUUCUUUGAUCAUCCCUGUGCAGGUAACCUCUGUGCUAAUAUCUUACGGGUGCUAGAACUUAAUUAUUUACAUGGGUGAGUGUAUCUAAAGUUGUCCAGUGGGGUUUGUGAUCAUUCUGCACAUGCUCAGAGAAACAGUUGCUUUAAACUAGCAGUGGAGAAUCUCAGGUUUCCAAGCCUCCAUGUCACUGCCAGGCCUCUCCAUUUGGCCAGUGAGGCAGUUUCUGCCAAGCCCAUGCCCUUAACACUCUACAUUGGAUGUCUGUUGUGGGGCAGGUAAAGACGUGGCUGGGCUGAACGGGAGUUUGUGAACACCGUGGCUUUCCUGAUCGCUGGCCCCACUCAGUGCUUUGCAAAAGUGCCAUCAGUUAGCUUAUCAUUACCAUGCUGGUCCUGUUUGGGGAGGAAAGGAUUGCUAUCCUUCCAAUUUGUGAACCAGAUUAGACUUUAUUGGGUUAUAUCAGACUAAUUUCUCCUUAAUGUAGGCCCAUGAAGUUAUACCGCUUUCCCCCUCUCUAUUCACAACAGCCCUAUAGUGUUGGCUAGAUCUGAUGGACUCUAAGGCAACCGCUUGGUAGCAUGGAGAUAUGCUGUGCUCAGGAUUUUAGUGCUUUAAAAAAAAUGUUCCUUCGUUUGUUUGUUUUUGAAUGAUGCUGGGAAAGGAGCCAGUCACUGUCCUGGGCCAAAUCGGCUGCGAUUCCAACGGGAAGCUGAACGCCAAGUCCGUCAUCUUGGAAGGGGAUCAGGAGCACUCCUCCGGAGGCCUGGUACCUGUGGAUGUAUCUGAGCUCCAGGAGUACUCGCUCUUCCCAGGACAGGUGAGGCAUUUGGGAAGUGGGGUGUGUGUGUGUGUGUGUUCAUGAUAAUUUAUUAAUUUAUGAACCACCUUUUCACAGAGGACAAAAGUAGUCAUGAUAGAUAAAACAGAAAAAGUACACAGUCAAGCUGAACAGUUUCCACAUAAAUUAUAAUCCGAUCUGAAACAAAGAUACCAAAAAUCUAUGUCAGUAAUGGCAACUAACCCCCCACCCCAGCCAACCAAACACCCUAAACAUUACCCAGCACAAGAGUUUGUUCAGCCACCUCAGCUUUUGUAGCUGGAGUCAGUCUGGGCCCUUCCCUCCCAGGCCAGGUGGGAACAGGCCUGCAAGGCAGGGAGCAGAUCUUCCAGGACUCACAGCCAAGAUGACAGUGGAGAUGAAACGUAGCCAUUGUGGCUAGUAGCCAUUCAAAGCCUUAUUGCGCAUGAAUUUGUCUUUCAGAAGACUUGCCUGCCUUGAGAAAAGUAAAUAAAUUGUGAACGCAUUCCUUGCUUUUGCCACCGUCUCUUUCCUGCAGUGAAAAUAAACAAAAGUUGACGUUGAUUGCCUGUCUUAUUUCCCCCUUACAUCUUCCAGGUUGUGGUUAUGGAAGGCAUGAACAGUACUGGGGAGAGGCUGGUUGCGUCCAAGCUGUAUGAGGUGAUAACUUUUUUUAUUUUUCAAUGCAUUUCCCUACCACAUUUCAUGACCUUGAAGUCAGGUUAUUCUGUUCUCACAACCACAUUAUUUGCAGAGGCUUGGUACAGAGGGGGGGGGGGGAGUUGCAAGCACUAUGGAGAUAUGGAUCUUUUCUCUCUUUGUAAAGGAAGAUGGAAGCACAUUUAACUCCCCCCCCCUUAUUUUCCUCUCCCCCCCCCUCAGGGCGUACCGCUUCCUUUUUAUCAGCCUGUGGAUCAAACGGAAGGUGAGUUAGACCCAGUGCUUCAAAGAGAGGGGCUUGCCCUCAACCUUGCCCAAAACAGGGGUGGGAAAGCUUUUCAACCUGAGGGCCACAUUACCUCAUGGGCAACAGUCUGGGGGCCGCAUGCCAGCAGCCAGCCCCCACGUGAUACUUACAACCAGAAGCAGGCUCCAGAAGCAGCUUCUCAGCUGGAAAAGUUGAGGAGUCAGGGAGGUAACAGGAGGUGUUUCUGAGAGCUACCUUGAGCCUCCUUCAGAGGGCAGAUCUCCACCCUCUAGCCUGCUGGGACCCUCCCAGGGAUCAGGGAUCUCUUGGGGUUCAGAAUCUGCUAUCCCCAUCCCACGGAGACCCUCGCCACAGUCCUCCAGCUCUAACUCCCCAAAUUCAUCACCAUUUUGUUUGUAUGCCGCCUUUCCAAAGUUAAAACCAUGCGCAAGGCAGUUUACAGCAUGAAAAGAUUCACAUAAUUACCGGAAGUAGUCAUAAACAAUAAAUAAAACACAUCAAAAAGUACACCACAGUAAGAUCUAAAAAUAUACAAAAAAAUGUCAGUAACAGCAACAAAAGAUCUCCUAAUGAUACCCCAGCCUGAGACUCUGUUCAGCAACCUCAGCUUCUGUAGCUGGAGUCAGUCCAGGCCCCACCCUCCUGGGCCAGGUGGAAAAAUGUCAUUCUGCUUCAGGGUCUGUUCCCUUUUUCCAUGACACCUCCAUGACAGUCCUGCAUCUCCCAACAUUCAGCUUCAAGUGCAUGGCAUCCCCUAAAAGGGUAGGGAAACAGUUUCACUUCUCUUUAUGAACUGGAUAGGUAUAUGCCUAUCCAUUUAGAGUACCUCGCUGAAAUUCUCAUUGGCGUCUUGCGUUUGGCUCCUGAGAUUAUCACCAGCCUUUCACCCUCCCUCCCUCCUCCCUCCCGCCCACCUUCUUGCACGCAACCCUAAGGACUAGAAACUUGUAAUUUAAUUUGUCCCCCUCUCCCACAAAUGGAAGAUAAAACUUUGUAUCCAGUACCUAAUUCUGCUCUUGUAUGGAAUUCAUAGCUCAGGAUCUGUUCACUGUAGGAACUUGGUUGGUUAGUAAUGGAAGUGAAGUUCCUGUUUUCAAAGCCCGUUAACUGUUUCAGGUCCAGAGCUGCAGAUGGUCCUCGUUGCCUGUGGUCCUUAUACCACCUCGGACAGCAUCACCUACGACCCCAUGUUGGACCUGAUAGACGUUAUUAAUAGAGACAAGCCAGAUGUUUGCAUUCUGGUAAGGGCUGAGCGUCUGUGGUUGCUUUAUAGAAGGGCGGGGGACCCAUUUUCAGCCUGAGGGUUUCAUUCGCUCGUGGGCAAACUUCCAGGAGCCACAUAACAAUAGUAGCCAAGGGGUGGGCAAGGUGGACAGCCAAUGGCGUCGUUUCUCUUCCAUUUGACCAGCCUGAAUCAACACAGGGCCUACAUGCUGGCGAGACGAAAUGUGUUGCCCUUGGCAGUGCUAUGGGGGAGGUUCUAGAAAACUCCACUCGUAGAGAGACUCUGCCGCUAUGGACAGACACAACUAGAAUCAGUUGCACAUGUUGUUUCGAACUGCCCCUGGUAUCAGACAAUUUGAUCUAAGUUCAUUAAUCGGUUGGUUGUUAGCAGGGAGAGGCAUUCAAGCGAAUGCAAGGUAGCCUUCCUUAUGUUUACUCAGGAUGGGGCUAAGACAGAGAUAGUAGCUAGGGUUCUGCUACACGCCAUGAGGAUUCGUGAAUGCUAUACAACACUAACUUAAGCGUUAGAUGCAGGGUUUUAUUUCUCUUUCUUAAUUGGUUUUUUUGUAUUAAACCGUACUGGAAUCUUGUACAUAUGCCAAUAAGGGUUUGAGAAUCUGGUGGCAAAAAUCGGGCAGAGCAAUGCGUAAAGCUCUUAAGGUUACAUUUCAGCCAAGCAAAACAAUCAAGGAGGAUGCGGCUUCGAGAAGCGUCCUGAGGGUCAAAUGAAGAGGCGGGGGGUUGCAUUUGGCCCCCGGGCCCUAACCUCUGCUUUGUAUAGGUUAUCAAUAAGUGGCUAGUUGCCCAUCUUUGUCGUCCUCAGUAGCCAAGGAUGAGUAGUUGAAAUAAAUGAAAUAGCAAUAAACAACGGUUGUUGGUUGUGAUACUGUUCUAAUGACAGAGGGGGAAGGCAGAAUAAUGAAAGUCAUCAAUGCAUGGGAAGUCAAUGUCAUGCUUAUCGCAUCUGGUAAAAGUUAGAAUUUUGGGGGGGAGGAAGGAAGUUUUCCUGUGACUCUAGCCCUAGAAUUGAAAACAUAGCCUUGUCCUGCUACGUUUUUAUUAAUUGACGGGGCUCUUAAGGGACCUUGAUAGGUUUUUCAGAAAUGUUGGUGGCGGUUAAUUAGGGCCUUGUCGUCCCCUCUUUGAUGACCUUCAUUUCCUUUGAUUGUUUUGCAGCUCGGGCCUUUCCUUGAUGCAAAACACAAGCAAGUUGAGGUAAGUUCAGUAAAUGGGGAAUGGAUUUGAAAGUUCAUGAUUCUUUUUUUCUUCUUCUUUUCUGUUUUCUUUAGAAACCCUGCUGACUGUGUGUCCCACACUUUCCUUUUUGGAAACCAGUUGUGUAUGAUUCUUAAAGCAAACAUCUAGUCCUUAACACAGUAUUUUCCUAACUAAUGACAAAUAGUAUUUUGUGUGUGUGCACACGCACGCGCAGGUUACCUUUUCCUUAGAUUAAAAUCAGAUGCACAUUUUGUUCACAAACUCCAUAGAUCUACUCCAGAGAUAUCCAAGGGAGAGUUUUUUCAUUUAUUUGGGAGACAUCCAGGGCCAUAGUUUGGAAAGCAGGACUUGCAGGAGAAAUGUUUCUCUCAAGGAACUUCCCAGCUUCUCAUUUAAUUUUCAGAUUUCAUUCAAAAAGCAGCAAUCUAGAAGUCUUCCUUGGCAGGGGCAUAAAAGAGGUCAGCUGUGGUGUAGUGGUUAGAGCGCCACACUAGAGCCUGGGAGAGACCAGGGUUCAGAUUUCCCACUCACCCACAAAAGCCUGCUUGGUCAAUCUCUGUCUUUUAGCCUGGUCUACCUCACAAGAUAAGAUGUAGACAGGGAGAACCAUGUCCACUUCCUUGAGACUCCUUGGAGGGAAGGUGGAUUAUAAAGGUAGCAGUAGUAAUAAUAAUAAAAAUAUGCAGCCAGCACUCUUCCCCAAGUCUCUAGGAAACAAAGAAAUGCAAGGUUAAUUGUACAGUGCUACCUUGGUUCCUGAACGGCUUAGUUGCCGAAUGUUUUGGCUCCCAAACGUCACAAACCCAGAAGUGAGUAUUCCGGUUUGUGAACGUUUUUUGGAAGCCGAACAUCCGAUGCGGCUUCCGCUUGAGUGCAGGAAGCUCCUGCAGCCAAUCGGAAGCCAUGCCUUGGUUUUCAAAUGGUUUCGGGAGUUGAACGUACUCCCGGAAUGGAUUAAGUUCGAGAACCAAGGUACCACGGUAUUUUAAAAAUUAAUUUGCUCCUCCCUACUAACAUUUAAUUAAUUAAUUAAUUAACAUUUCUUAGCCACUUUCUGCCAUAAGGUGUCUGGCAAUGGAAUCCAUAACAAUGGAAUCAUACUCUAUCUAUCUAUCUAUCUAUCUAUCUAUCUAUCUAUCUAUCAUCUAUCUAUCUAUUUUAAAAAGCCAAGUAACACAGUUCCAAACAGAAUAGUGUAGAUUAAACAAAUGAAGCAGGAUUCUAAGGAGAGGUGAGGGUGGGAAAUCCCUUAACUGUCCAGGGCCAGGGUAUGAAACUGCUAUGAAGGUGCCAGACACACCUCUGUAGAUAGGUAGUCCCACCAUUGGGGGCUGCCACAGAGAAAGCCCUGUCUUGAGCCGCCAUUCUCUGCACUUCCGAGGGUGUUGGAACUAACAAGAGGGCCCAUCCCUCUGAUCACCCAAAAUGGGAGACUGUAAGGAUGGAGGUGGUCUUUCAGAUAUUUGAGGUCUAACCGCGAACUCCUUAUCCUGUGUGGAUCUUGCCGAUCUGGGGUCUCUGGCAUGAAAAGAUCUUCCCCCUCGUCUGUGGUUGGAUCCUCCUUAACUGGUAACACUGGGGAUUGGACUUGGGACGUUCUGCAUGUGAAGCAAACGUUCUGCCACUGAGUUCCUGUUCUUCCUCUGCUUUUUCUUCUCUCCCAAGGACUCUCAGCUCACUGCCUCGUUUGAAGACAUCUUCAAGAGGUGCAUGAAGAUGAUAGUCGAAGGGACAAGGAGGUGAGAACAAGAACGUGAGAAGAGCCCGUGGCCCAUCUAGCUCAGCCUCCUGUAUCUCGCAGGGGCUCAUCAGAUGCCUCUGGGAAGCCCAAAAGCAGGACAAAACGCAACGGCGCUCUCCUCACUUGUGGCUCAAAGCAGCUGGCAUGCUGUGAGAGACUGCCUCCGACAGCGGUUAUAGGACAUAGCCCCCAUGGCUAAUAGUGAGAAGCAGGGUCCAAUGGGAAAGGAAUUGUUCACACGGUAAAUAAUUAUCUUCUGGAACUCACUGCCACUAGAUUUAAGAUGGCCCCUAGCUUCAGUAGAGGGUAAGACCUGGAAGAAUGGUGGCACCAGGGACCCAUCACCGUCUCUUGGCCACAGAAACCAAGUGGUUCGGAGGCAGUGAGAGCUGUUGCCUUCGGGCUUCCCUUGUGGGCUUUCUUGAAGCAACUUGUCAGCUGACAGCUCCCAGGAUUCUUUGGGGGAAGCCGUUAAAGCAGUAUAAGAGCGUUUUAAGUGUAUAGUGCAGAGGAGGCCUUAGCUCUUCUGUUUCCCAACAGUGCUGGAUCGCACCUUGUCAUCGUUCCUUCGCUGAGAGACGUCCACCAUCACUGCAUCUAUCCCCAGCCGCCUUUGACUUGCGAGCUCUCGAAAGAAGACAAACAGGUGCUUCCUACAAUCCAAAGGCAGUGCCUUUGUUUAAAGGUUUUGAAUCCGUACGUGCAUAGCUGGAAUAUCUGUAUUUUGGCCUGCCUGGUGGAGCUUAGAGGUUGGUGGCUUUCAAAGCCUGGUAGGAACCCUGAAGUUUCUCAGAUGCUCUGUGAGGCCUGAAAUCAGCCUUGUCCGUCUGAAGACAUCAAUUUUAGCCGGAGUGCCUUCCAUCAGCUUCGGCUGGUGGCUCAGCUACGCCCCUCUCUGGACAGGGAUAGCUUCACUACUGUUGUCUAUGCUCUGGUCACCUCAAGGGUAGAUUACUGCAAUGUGUUAUACGUAGAGCUGCCUCUGAAGAUGGUUCAGAAACUUCAGCUGGUGCAGAAUUCAGCGGGCAGGUUGCUCACCAGAGCAAGACGGUUUGAGCAUAUUACACCAAUCCUGGUUCGACUGCACUGGCUACCAGUUAGCUUCUGGGCCCAAUUCAAAGUGCUGGUUUUGGCCUAUAAAGCCUUAAAUGGCUCAGGACCGCAAUACCUCAAGGCCUGCCUCUUUACAUAUGAACCUGCCUGGACCCUGAGAUCAUCUUCUGAGGCCCUUCAUGUGCCUCCUUCUUGAGAGGUCCAAAGGGUGGCAGCACAAGAAUGUGCCUUCUCUGCAGUGGCUCCCCGUCUAUGGAAUGCUCUCCUCAGGGAAAUUCGCCUGGCGCCUUCAUUAUACACCUUUAGGCACCAGGUGAAAACAUUCCCUUUUAAACCAGGCCUUUGGUUGAUUUGAUUUACAUCCUAUGUCCUUUUAAAGUUGGGGGGGAGGGGUUAUUGGGUUUUUAUUUUUAUUAAUGGAUUUUGUGGUUUUUAUAUUUUGAUUUUGUUCUGUAUUUUGAUUUUGAUGAUGGUGAUGAUGCAGGUCUCUGCCCCAAGGGACUCAAUCUGAAAAUAAACAUAGAAGCACAGAGGAAGGAGACUGAAACAGAGACAAACAGGGGAAGAACCUGUGAUUAACUCAGUUACAUGUGCUUAAAGCUUAGCUGCAGUAGGGUAUACCUUACACCAGGCUUCCUCAACCUUGGCCCUCCAGAUGUUUUGAGACUACAAUCCCCAGCAUCCCUGACCACUGGUCCUGCUAGCUAGGGAUCAUGGGAGUUGUAGGCCAAAAACAUCUGGAGGGCCGAGGUUGAGGAAGCCUGCCUUACACCUUUACCUGAGAGGUCUACAUAGGAACCUGGUACUUAGUCGGGCUAUUGGGGUCCAUCUAGCUCCAUAUUGUCUACACUGACUGGCAGCAGCGCUCCAGAGUUUCAGGCAGCGAAUCUUCCCCAGCCUUACCUGGAGAAGCUAGGCAAAGCUGAUGCUCUGGCAUUAAAUUAAGAACUUUCCUGCUUCAAAUGAGUCCCCUCACAUGUUCAGUAAAUUGGGGGGGGGGGGCUAGCAAGGGUGUUCCUGCUGGCCACGCCCCUCCCUUCACUAAACACAUGAAGGAUUUUUUUUCUCCUUUUAACACUCCUUGUGUGGGUGCAUUCUGCAUGUGCAGCAUUUAGCUGGAUCCCGUGUAAAAGCUCCAUCUCCCAGAAGGGGGAGCUCCCAGCUGAAGAAAAGGCACCGUGUUUGCACUGCUGUUUGCUGUGCUCUUCUGGGCAAAGCCUGGUGUUUUCCUCUCGCUCCUGAUGGGAGUUUGGAGGUGCUUUUAGUGAACUCUCAGGUUUGGUAUGGGGUAGUGGGGAGACCUGGAAGCCUGUAUGGCUUUUCCCCACAAAGAAAAAAGUGUGUUCAUCGGAGCUGAUGAGCUCUUUGCUGUGCUCUGAAAAGUCUUCUGUUUAGACCAGUUCUUGGGUCUCCAGCUGUUUUUGGUCUACGAUUCCCAUCAUCACCUACCUGGCAAUGAUAGGUAAAUGUGAUUUGCAUUUAAUUAUGUAGUUUUAUGCUCUACCAUGUAAUUAUGUAGUUUUAUGCUGACCCACUGAGAUCAAUUGACACGGGUCCAUUCAUUGCAGUAGGUCUAUGAUUGGCCUUCUCUGGGGUUUCAGACAGGGGGCAUUCCCUGUACUACCUGGGGAGAUGCUAGGGAUUGAACCUGGGACCCCCUGAAUGCAAGGCAGAUGCUCUGCCACUGAUCUACCGCCCUUCCCAAUCUUUGCCCAUCCAGCCCAGUAUUGUGUACUCGAACCAGAAUCUAAGGGCCUUACUCUUCCCUCCCACAAGGGCCCUCGGACUCCUUCCCUGAGCUUGGAGAAAGAAGAGAAACAGGGUGUAGCUGAAGGGCGAGGCAAGGCUGUGGUUCUCUCUUCACUCAUGGAGGCAGGUUGCCUCUGAAAAUCCAGCUGCUGAGAAUUGCAAGUGUGUGUGUGUGUGUGUGUGUGUGUGUGUGUGUGUGUGUGUGUUGUGUGUGUGUUGAGAGUUGUGCUGCACUCAGCUCCUGUGUUCAGGCACCUGGUUGGCCACUGUGAGAAUAGGCUUAUGUUCUAAGGCUCUGGAUAGAGAUGGAGAAUCUUAGGCAGCAAAGGGCUUCUCAGCUAUCCCAGAGUCCAGCUGCGUGUGUGUUUUGGUUAUAGCGCUUUCCGAGGAAGCAUAGAGUGCAUUCCCAAUCGGAGCCCCUUGGCAGGAAGUCCUGCGUCAUUUACUCUGCAGCAGAAAUAUGGGGGUUUCCCUGGAGCAGCUUAAGCUUUUUCCACCAGGAACCAAAUUUGUCUGUGGCCUUUCUGAAUGUGUCCCUUCCUUACACACCUCCUUACUUGCCUUAUUUGCUUAUUGAAGGAUUUUUUCCCUACUCUUGGCAUAAGAGCGUCUGACGUGCACUGCAGCAGGAUGAGGCCAAAGGCCCACUAUAGUCCCAGCAUCCUAUUCUUAUAGCAGCCUAUCAGAUGCCUCUGGAAAAAACGCCCAAGCAGGAGCUGCCCGCUUGUGAUUCUCAGCAGUCAGAUACUUCAGGACAUACUGUCGCCAGCAGUGGAAGUUGAACAUGGCCACAGAGAGCCUUAUCCUCCAUGAAUCCUCCUUUAAAAAAAUAAAAUAAAAUAAAUUUUUAAAAUUGAAACUUUUCAAUCUAGAAUACAAUAAAAGCCAAACUAAUCUAAAUAAAAAUAAAAGAGAAAGCAGGAAACAAAGCGAAAAAGGAAGGAAGGGUGGGAAGCAAAGAGAAAAAUUAGAAAAGGGGGAGGAGGAAGAAGGAAAUAAGCCCUCUAUGAGAGUUGUAUCUUAACCCUUGUCACACACAUAGGGCAGUGUGUGUAGGCUUCUAACACACACUAUUUUCAAAACAGCCUUGUGAGACUAGGCAGAGAGAAUGUUGUUGGCCCAAGUCCAACAAGGAAAUUUCAUGACCUAAUGGGAAUUUGUACCCAGGUCUUCCCCAGCCUUUGUCUGACAUUAUAACAACUACACCACAGUGGAUAAACGAGGAUUAUCCCCAUUUCUUCCCCCUUGGUGGUAUUGGAUACUGAUGUGGCAGAUGAAGAAAUACUGUAUUUACCCAAAUGUAAUGCGUGAAAAUUAGGGCACGCAUAAGGUUUGAUGGUGCAUUUACACCAACAAAUACUUUUUCAAGAUUUUGAAAAUUGAGGUGCGUGUUAGAUUCGAUGCCGCAUUACAUUCGAGUAAAUAUGGUAACUGAGGGGAGUUAAUAGCAAAACACUUGUAGCAAUCUAUAAGGUAGAGUCUACGUUGGUCCCAUUUUACAGAUUUUUAGUGUGUGUGGGGGGGUGGGAAGUGGACCAAAGCCAUGAAAACAAUUCUCUUGAGGCUACCUGAAAAUGUAUGAUUCUGACCUGGUAUUCAAACUCUGAGAAUCCCUGGGCUGUGCUGAGUCUCUUCUCUCUGUGCCCCCCUCAAAGUAGUGAUGAAAGAGCUUUGUAACUGCCUCAUAUCUUUAGGCCCUGACUCUUAUCCUGCCUUAAAAAUAAAAAUAAAAUCUGCCGUGCUUUCUACUUGAAUGCCCAGUUUGGGAGCUGUUUGGUCAACCCGAACAAACCCUCUCUCCCCUUUUCUCCAAUUCUAGAGAGUUCUCUUCGUUUCUGACCCCUGCACCUUGGAGAUCAACGGUGUGGUUUUUGGCUUGACUUCUGUGGACCUGGUCUUUCACAUGGGCUCAGAAGAAAUUAGCAGGUAUGUUCAAAGCAGGGGUGUAGAUUCGCAGAACUGUAGAGUUGGUAGGGGACACCAAGGGACAUCUAGUCCAACCCCUUGCAAUGCAGGAUGCUCUUAAACUCUAAAACCAUGAGGUGGGUGUAUUUUUUUCCCCAGCCUGAGGGCCGUAUUGCAUCUUGGCCAACCUUCCAGGGGCCCACACGACAGUGCUGGGUGGAGCCAGAGGCAAAAGUGGAUUGAGCAAAAAAAAUGUAAAUUUUACACUCCCUUUUCUAUCCCCCAUCUGUACAGAUAAAAGGCACUGCCAUAGCUCAUGGACACAUUCCAGUGAGGCCAAAACCCUCAAGGAGGGUGUGGAGCAGGCCCAGUGAGGCCGUGGGGAGAGUCCUAAGGGGACUGAGAGAGGCCUGCAGUCACCCCCCAGGCAUAAGUCUUCCCACCCCCGUUCUAAAACCUUAAAUCUCCAACAUUAAAAUGAAGGGAUUAUUAAUCACCCCCAAACACAUCCAUUUGCUGGCUGAGAUUGCAUUCAUACUGGGAGGUACUGUGGUUUGGUCUGGAUUUAGCUCCUUGGUGUGGUCAUUGUUCCUUGAGCAAUUUUCUGCUUCUUUUUAAAAGGAUAUCUGCUGAUCUUCAGACAGCUGUGAGCGUGGAAGAUGUGAUAAUGGCAGGGGGGUGGGGGAAAUGACACAGCAUGAAUCAGGCGUGAUUCAGAAUCCCAAAAGUGUAAUCGGUCUGUGAGCGACAGAAAUGUCAGCCCUGGGCUGUGGAAUCACAUGGCUUGAUGUCACACAAAAUUCCCUCUUAAGUUGCUAAUGCCUUUCAAAGUGCAGUCCACAUUUCUGCUGUAAACCCUUUGGAGGGUGUGUGUGUGUGUGUGUGCGUGUGUGCGCGCGUGCGCACAUGCACAUGCUUACAUUACAGUGAAACCGUGUUAUUAAUUUUGAUAGGGCUACAGGCUGUGUGUAACUUCUGUAUGGGAUGAGCUUUUUGUAUUUACAUUAAAUAUAUUUAUUGAUACUUAUCAAAAGAUAAAUAUAAUACAUCAAAAUACAGUGGUACCUCGGGUUAAGUACGUAAUUCGUUCCAGAGGUCUGUUCUUAACCUGAAACUGUUCUUAACCUGAAGCACCACUUUAACUAAUGCUGCUGCCGCACCGCUGGAGCAUGAUUUCUGUUUUCAUCCUGAAGCAAAGUUCUUAACCUGAAGCACUAUUUCUGGGUUAGCAGAGUUAGCUUUAAAAAUAUAAUCUAAAAAGAAGCAGAAGAAAAAAGAGAAAACAAGAAAAUAAAGACAGACAGACAGACAGACAGACAUUGAGUUCUCUGUCCUCUAAAUAUAGUACUAUUUUCUGUAAGCCAAUAUUUUUUUUUCAGUCUUUGAAUCCAGAUGGAUUCAUUACAAGUUCAUUUUCUCUAUCAUGCCAAAAAGUCCAGAAGAAGUUUUCAGUCCUUAAUAAACUGAAGCUCAAUCCAGCUAAGACUGAGGCAUUGUUAGUGGGGGUUCCCCAGACCAGAUGGCUGGGAGAUUGCCUGCUCUUGAUGGGGUUACACUCCCUCUGAAGGAGAGGGUACAUACCUUGGAAGUGUAUUCCUGGAUCCUUUGCUGUCACUUGAGGCUCAGGUGGCCUCAGUGGCACAGAGUGCCUUCCAUCAGUUGUGGCUGGUGGUCCAGCUGCAGCCCUUAGGCUGCCCCUGUCCAGAUAACUGCUGCUGUUUAUGUUCUGGUAACCUCAAGGUGAGAUUAUUGCAGUGCGUUACAUGUGGGGCUGCCCCUGAAGACAGUUUGGAAAAUUCAGCUGGCAUGGAAUUUGGCAGCCAGGCUGCUCGCUGGGACAAGACAAUUUGAGCAUAUUUCACCAAUUCUGGCCCAAAUGCACUGGCUGCUAAUUAGUUUCCAGGCCCACUUCAAAUUGCUGCUGGUUUUGACCUAUAAAGCCUAAAACGGUUGAGGACCACAAUACCUCAAGGACUGCCUCUCCCCAUAUGAACCUACUCAGAUGCUGAGAUCAUUCUGUGAGGCCCUUCUUCAUGUGCCUCCUCCAGGAGCAGUUUGGAGGGUGGCAACGCAAGAACAGGCCUUCUCUGCAGUUGCUCCCCAUUUGUGGAAUGCUCUCCCCAGGGAGGUUUGGCUGGCAAACCUUUUAGGUGCCAGGUGAAGAGCUGGAGAGGUCCCCUGCCUGAAAAUCUGGAGAGCAGUACAGUGGUACCUCAGGUUAAGUACUUAAUUCAUUCCGGAGGUCUGUUUUUAACCUGAAACUGUUCUUAACCUGAAGCACCACUUUAACUAAUGGAGCCUCCUGCUGCUGCCGCACCGCCGGAGCACAAUUUCUGUUCUCAUCCUGAAGCAAAGUUCUUAACCCGAGGUACUAUUUCUGGGUUAGCGGAGUCUGUAACCUGAAGCGUAUGUAACCCGAGGUACCACUGUAUAGGCAAUACCGAGGGAGCAAUGGUCUGGCUCCCUACAUCCCAAAUAUUCUGCUCCUGAAUGUAUGCAGAGUUCCUUCUGUCUUAGCCAAUGAAUCAAUCAUCUGGAUGGGUUGAUCUCCAGACAAGAUAAGAAAGAAAGAAAGUAAGUAAGUAAGUCUGUCUCACUUCAAAGUGAAGUUCCUGAGAAAAUCUCUUGACAAGUGGCGUGCCUCAGAUGUCGGCUGGUGCCAGCAGCCCAUGGCCUGUCAUUAAGUAAAUCAAGCAUCGCAGUCAUCCUCUGCCUUGAGAGUUUGUGUCACAUCCUCUCUUUUCCCUUCACCAUGUGUUUUUCUUCUUUUCUUCCUCUUUUAUGGGGAGACAGCUCCCCGUUUCUCAGCGCCAUCGUCAUCUGUUGAUGGUGUCACACAUCUCUGAGCAAAAAGCGUGCUGCGACUCGAAGUCAUGCUUUUAGCCUUGUGGCACCAGUUCUCCGGAAUUCUCUUCCCUCAGCAGGGAAACAAGCCCCGACAUUAUGAUUCUGACGGUCACUGAAAAUCUUUAUUUCAUAUGAGGUCUGAACCAGUGGUGACUGACCAGGAAGGAGACCUUCAGGUGUAGUGGAUAACUCGACAAAGGUGUCUUUUCGGUGUGAAAGAAGCAGAUUCCAUGCUAGGGAUAAUUAAGAAAGGGGCUGAAACUAAAACCGCCUAUAUCACGCGAUUAAUGCACACCUGCGGUGCAACUGCACUUGGAAUUUAAAAGAGGAUUAGACAAAUUAAUGGUGGAUAAGUUUAUGUUCUACCUUGAUACGCUUCUGAACACUAGUUGUAAGGAAUCACAAGCGGGGAGAGCAUAGUGUACUCGUGCCCUGUUUUUGGUCUUCCCACUGGGAUUUCUGGUUCGUCACUAUGAGAACAGGAUAAGGCACCAGGUGGGCCUGAUCCUGCAGCUAGGCUCUUUCCAUUCAUUUCUCCCAAAGUGGCCUGUUCUUUUGUUUCCUGAAGUUUUUAACUUCUGGGUUUUUAUGCUUCAAUACUGUUCAUGACCUGUAUUUUUUAAUAUUCUAUUUCUGUACACUAGUUAGAUGUCCUCUGGAAGUAUAGUGGGUUAAAAUUUUUGAAUCUCUCUCUUUCUCCAGCCCAGGCCUUCUCUCCUUCACAGUGUCAUCUUCUGUCAUGUUACUUUAUAACAAGAGAACAGGCCUUUUCUGUGGUGGUUCCCUUAGUGUGGAACGCUCCCCCCCUGGCGCCACCAUUGCAAUAUCUUUAGGCGCCAGGCCAGAACAUUCCUCUUUACCCAGGCUUAUGGCUAUUAAAUAAUCUAUGACCAGUGGGAGAGAGGACUGUUAUUUUGAUGACUAUUUUAUUAUUAGGCUGUCUGUCUGUAUGUUUUUUAUUAUUUUUUUAUCACUGGUGUUCUGUAAUGUGCUUUAAACAUUGUACACCCCCCAGGGAUCUCUUUGAUAAAGGGCGGUAUAUAAAUCGAAUUAAUAAUAAUAUCCUGGGAAAGAGGGGUUGAUUAUGAAGCCACUCUCAGAACUGUAGCUCUGUGAGGGGAAUAAGGGUCUCCUGGCGAUUCUCAGCUGCCUUAAUAAACGACAGUUCCCAGGAUUCUUUGGUGAGGUGUGUGGAAACCGUAACUCUUUAAAGUGGUGUCACACCACUUUAAAUGCAUAGUGGAGAUUGGGGUGGGGGAGUUUGUAGAUUGUAGGAGUUUGUCUCCCUGUCCCAUGUUGUAGAGAGGGAAGGGGCAAACAGAUGUCACCUCACACUUCCUCCUUCAAAGGAAACUACCUCAAACACUUCCCUCACUGGAGGAGAAAGGCCAAAACAUGCCAAAAAUAUGUUAAUUGAAUUAGUCCAGUUAGACACUCUCUUGGGAGCUUCAAAUUCUGCUGCCUUUCCUCCACUUCCCAUAACAGGGAAACCAAUUCCUUAAACUUGCCCUGAAAUACCAGGAAAACCGGCAGUUGGCUCUUAUAACUGUCUUCUCAGUGCUGACUUUAUUAUUUUUAGAUCUCCAGGGGCUGUUCAUUUUGGGGGAAAGAGGAUUGCUCUUCUCCAGAAUAAAGUCAGGAAAGCAAUGUUGUAUCUCGGGGGGGGGGCUGCAUUUCUCUCCUCUCUCUUUCCAUCCUAUACCUCCCCUUCCCCUGAUGAAUAUUAGGAUCUAAUGAUUCAAUAAUAUUGAAGGAUCGCCUCACCUCAUCUGUGCCCACACAGCCUGCUUCAGUUUGCAGAAGUGGCACUUUUGCAAAUGCCACAUAAUAUUCGUUCCACAUCUGCAAGAAAUCAACCCUUCAGUGUGGCAGCACCUAAUCUCUGGAACUCCCUGCCCCUUGAUAUUAGCCAGUUACCUUUGCUGUAUUGUUUUCAGUGCCUGCUAAAAAAUUUUUUUGUUUAGGCAAGCCUACCCAGAUGUGUAAUUUUGUCAUGCAAUUUUAAUACAGUGGUACCUUGGGUUAAGUACUUAAUUCGUUCCGGAGGUCCGUUCUUAACCUGAAACUGUUCUUAACCUGAAGCACCACUUUAGCUAAUGGGGCCUCCUGCUGCUGCCGCGCCGCCGGAGAACGAUUUCUGUUCUCAUUCUGAAGCAAAGUUCUUAACCCGAGGUAAUAUUUCUGGGUUAGCGGAGUCUGUAACCUGAAGCGUAUGUAACCUGAAGCUUAUGUAACCCGAGGUACCACUAUAUGUGGUUUUGAUAAGUAUAAUUUUUAAAUUACUGAUUUUUAAAGAAGUUUAAAAUUUGUAAUGUUUGCUUUCAUUGGUAUGUUUUGAAGAAAACUUUAGAUUGUCUUUUGUAAGUCGCUUAGAGGUCUUUUUUGUUGUUUAAUUAGGCGGUAUAUAAAUCUUGUGAAAUGAAAAUAAUAUAUAUAUUCUCACAGUGAGUUGGUACACAGAAGGGCAGGCGGGCUUCUCAGCUGCUGCACAGAAGAGUGGUUUUGUGGCAGGAGCAAGUUCCUCUCUGCCCCCACAGAUUUAUGACUUGUCAUGCUGCUGAAAUUCCCCCACUUCUGCACAACUGUUAGAGAAAAGGUGGAGGAACUCUGGACCCUUAGCUAGGCCUGCCAAAUGGUCCCUAAUUUGGCCCACAAGUGCAUUUUCUUCCAUACCGCACCCACCUUCCCUUCACCUUGCGUCAGCUGUGGGGCAGAUCAGGACACAGCUCCCAUCAGCAUGGGCAGUGGUCAGAAAUUAUGGGAGUUGGAUGAAAAGCUAUUAAUUUAAGGUACCGGUAAUACUUUAUUGCCUUUUCACCUUGCCCUGUAUUUUGGGAUCACAUGGACUAGAAACCAGCAGAAUGAAAGGUGCCGUGAGCAAUCUCUCGCCUGCCAGGGAAGGCGUUUGCUCCUGUCCUGUUGUUCUUCCACCCAGUUCUCUCCCUUAUUAUAUCGGGGAGGGACUUGUUGGGUUGCCUUUGUUUUUCUUUUGCCCAUUGCAUACAAAACACUGAUGACGUGUUGUUGUUUAUGUCUCUGUGUGUGUGUGUUUCAUGCCUGACUUUCGCACUCCCUUAUGUCAAGGUUUCUGUGUUUUGGUGAGUCGCCGUGCCUUCAGACAACAGAGAGCUUUUAAUUUAUGAGUAUUAGCUGGGACUCCACGGCAGGAGGGGGGAGGGGACAAAAACAUGAUGCGUUAAGCUGGUUUUGUGGGUGAUUUAACAGCGACUGCCAAAAAACCCUCUCAACUGCAGCAGAGUUUCGAAUAUUACAAUAGGCUGGCAGAGGGCCAGCUCUGACAUAAUGUACCGUAUUUUUCGCUCUAUAAGACGCACCAGACCACAAGACGCACCUAGUUUUUGGAGGAGGAAAACAAGAAAAAAAAUAUUCUGAAUCUCAGAAGCCAGAACAGCAAGAGGGAUCGCUGUGCAGUGAAAGCAGCAAUCCCUCUUGCUGUUCUGGCUUCUGGGAUAGCUGUGCAGCCUGCAUUCGCUCCAUAAGACGCACACACAUUUCCCCUUACUUUUUAGGCGGGAAAAAGUCUUAUAGAGCAAAAAAUACAGUAAUGAAAGUACAUGAGUCUUUCCCUUGCACACAUACAUGGACCACACCAGCAGAGUAAAAUUUGAACGCAGAGGCCUCUUUUCUGUUUUUCCCCCCUGCUUUGCUAGUUAUAAAAUCCACUUGCCGUAUGUGUGUCCUUCAUCUCAGGGAGUGGGGGAACCUGGGGGAACCUCCAGAUGUUGUUGGACUCUAAAUCCCAUCAGCCCCAGCCAGUGUAGCUGAUGGGAAUUGUAGUCCAAUAACCUCUGGAGGGCCUCAUGUGUUUCCCCAUCCUUCCUAUCCCUGCAGUAUCUUAGGAGAGUUGGGCUUGCUCAGCCAUGAAGCUCCACUGGGUGAUCUUGAGCCAGCCAGCCAGCCACCUUUUCUUCAUCCUGGCCUACCUCACGGGGUGUUUGUGAAGAUAACUGGGGGGUAGAGGACCUCCACAUACAUCUCCUUGAACUCUUCAGCUUUUAAUGUUUGAUGUUUUGCUGGCUUUUUUAUUAUUAUGUUGGAAACUGCCCAGAGUGCCUAGGGCAACCAAGUCAGAUGGUUGAGGUAUGAAUAUGACGAUGAUGACGACAGAGAGCAGAAUACACAUUUUAAUGUAUUUUUAAUCUUUUGUUGGAAGCUGCCCAGAGUGGCUGGGGAAGGGUUUCUUUCUUUCUUUCUUUCUUUCUUUCUUUCUUUCUUUCUUUCUUUGUGUGUUUGUGUGGCUGGCCAGUCAGCUGAAAGAUUGAUUUGGCAUCUUUAAAAAUGCUUCUGUUCAGAACCACAAGCCUAAAUCAAUCUCAAGUUUCUUUCCCUGAUAAAUUGUGGCGGGAGUCCAUAGGGCAGUGCCUGAUGUAUUUAUGAAAGCAUUUUUAUAGCCCACCUUUUAGCUAUAUAAAUACUAAUGGCUGCUUACAGAAAAUUUGCUAAAGCCUAUUUUAGCUGAAUUUUUCAAAAGCUGUUUAAAAAUCCUGCUUAGAAUAGCAGAACUGGCAGAUAAACACGCCAAAAAAAUAGCAAAAAAGAAAAAGAAAAAAAAGAAUGUAGGCCUUCCCUUCUCUGGCUUAAUCUCAAGAUCCUUGAAUCUGUCUCCUGAGAAUAGGAAGCCUGGAGCCUUUGCAUAUUCAAGCUGGGCCAGAGCUGGGGAACUUAAGACCUAGCAGCUGAAACCAGCCCCCCAGGCCUCUAGUUGACCCUCGGACAACAGACCCUCCAAGCUGCAGCCCCUCUUCCCAAAGCACAUCCCUUACUGGAAUGUUUCGCUUGAGCGUACCUCCUCCCUCCUGUUCUCUUUUCCUCAUGUGCCGUAUCUUGUUUGUUAGCCUGAAGGCAGGGAUUUUCUUACAAGCUACUCUGAAACACUUUUUGGUGAAAAGGCUGGGUGCUAACACUGCAGAUAAAUAAUAAGACAUCUUUGCUAAAUUUUGCAGAUGUUGUUUUUGUUUGUUUGUCUGUCUUUGUUUUUUGUUUUUACACUUGUGCAGUAUAUGAAUUUUAUGGAACAAGUAAGUGCCGUAUUUUUCGCCCUAUAGGACACACUUUUUCCCCUCCAAAAAUGAAGGGGAAAUGUGUGUGCGUCCUAUGGGGCGAAUGCAGGCUUCGCUGAAGCCUGGAGAGUGAGAGGGUCGGUGCGCCCCGACCCCUCUCGCUCUCCAGGCUUCGCGCAGCUCUCCGCAAGCCGUGGGAGCCCGGCGCUGUGCUCCCACGGCUUGCGGAGAGCUGCCUGUUCUGGCGGCUGGGGUCGGGGGAAGCUCGGGCUUCCCCCGCCCCAGCCCCGCGCCUGGGGGGGGGGAAAUAAUUCCCCCCCUUGAUUUCCCCCCCAAAAAACUAGGUGCGCCUUAUGGGCCAGUGCGUCCUAUGGGGCGAAAAAUACGGUAUUUUCCCAAGAGGGGACGGGUGGGAAUAUUCCUAACAGAAGCAGCUUCCGCUGGGAAUAAGCCUGCUGAUGUUUCCAAAAUGCCAGGGAACUGACUUGUGUUGUAUUUUGAGGAGUGUGUGUGUGUGUGUGUGUGUGUGUGUGUGUGUGCGUAAUGACUGAAGUUUAUUAUCCUGUACAUCAGGUGCAAAGGGAGUCUUUGGCUUCCAGAUGCUGCCAAACUACAACUCCCAUCAUCCCUGGUCCAUUGGCCAUGCUUGCUGGGGCUAAUGGGAGUUGUAGUUCAGCAACAUGGGGCGGGGGGCAAAGGUUCCACACCCUUGCUGUUGUAUGUAGCAGCCUAAAUUUCCUGCUGGUGGCUGACUUGAUGUUGCCUGGUAUGUCUGGGUUGGAUUUAAGAGGGUCAGGUUUAAACCUUUUAAUUUUAAUUAAGGUUUAAUGUGUUGAAGCCAUUUAAGGAUGAAAUCUUUACAUCAGCCAGUCAUUUCUAAGAAGUUGAUGAUAAUUAAUCCCACUUGGCAAAAUAGGCUUCUAAGCAAUUUUACAAAAUAUGAAAACCCAUCAACACAGAAAUUAAAAUACAAAUAAUUAAGGUAUGCAACUAAGCAGUCCUAUUAUUAAAUCUUCCAUCUCCCCCACCCAUUUUAUCCUCAUGACAAGUCAGGACUUAUUUUAGGCUGAAAGGGAGUCUGUUUUAGAGAAGCAGAUCUGGGAGGGGGGCUCGGUACUGGUUCUAUUUUUAAUACAUAUUUUCACACCCUCUUUUUAAUUUUGCCACCUUCCUCUCUCUUUUCCUUCUGUCCCAGUUCUUCCAGUGUCUUGGACCGUUUUUCCCGAACUCUGAAGCACAUCCUGACUCAGAGGAGGUAAGCUCCUUUUGUUGCAGCAAAACAAACCCUCCCUGCUCCCAGGUAUCUUUUGUGGCAACACUUGACCUGAUUUCUUCCUUCGGCAGCAUAAGGCCUCUUGCUUUGCCUGCCAAAAGUCCUGGGUUCAAAUCACAGCAACUCCAUUGGUCCAUCUAGUUCAGUAUUGUCUGCACCGAUUGGCAGCUGCUCUCCAGGAUUUCAGGCAGAGUCUUUCCCAUCCCUACGAGGAAAAGCUGGUGGGGAUUGAACCCGGGACUUUCUGCUUGCAAAGCAGGGCCUCUGCCACUGAGCUAUGGCAUUGCCCCUUAAAAUAAAGUUGGUUCAUUGCAUGAUUACGUGUAGUAUUGUAAAGAAGCGCAACAUCUGUAGUGGAGAUGAGAGGAAGGGAAAAACCAGAGGCUGGGGUAGCGAGUUAGCUGGGAUCUUUCCAGGCUCGACAUUAUUGCCAUUUGUAUUUUGUCCUUCCAAGCUGUAUGUGUCCUGAACCCCUGGCCUACUUGGCGGCAAGUCCAGAGAGUCUGGGGGGUCAAGCCAUGCAAGCCAAGUCCAAAGUCCAAAGGUCAGGACUAAACAUCAGGAAGAACUUUCUGGCAGUAAGAGCUGUUCAACAGGGGAAGAGACUCCCACGAGAGGUGGUGGACUCUCCUUCCUUGGUGGUUUUCAACUCUACAGCUCUGUAAUUCUAUUAUAUUUGUCAAACUCCCUUUAUCUUCCUCCCCUUCGCAACACUUUGGAAACAUGGAGAUAACACCCCUUGGAACACGGUGCCUUUAAGGUGCUGAAUUUAGAGACUGCAGAAACACACACAUGCAAACUGAAAUUGGCAGCAGUGUUGAAAAGCGCAGCUUGGCAUCCUGUUGGUACCCAAGGGGGAGAGGAACAGCUGCUGGGCGUGUCAAUGUAUGCGAGGGAGCGGGUUGCAGAAUGGGAGGGGUAACGCGAUCUUUCCUUCUCUCUUUAAUUCCUGAGCAGUUACUAUCCACUCUACCCUCCCGCGGAAGAGAUGAACAUUGAUUACGAACAUUUCUACCAAUACGCAGCCCUGCCUGUUACGCCGGACGUACUGAUCACUCCGUCGGAACUGAGAUACUUUAUCAAGGUUGGGGGGAAAUGAAGCUGUCUGGGCGCAGGGCGAUGGAGGGGGGGGACACAUUCCAAGCUGUCUUACGCACAUUAGCUCAGUGUUGUCCACACAAAUUGGCAGCGGCUGUCCAGGGUUUUGAGCAAGAGAGUAUCCCCCAGCUCUGCCUGGAGAAGCUGGGGACUGAGCCCAGGGAACUUCAUGCCAAGCAAUUGAUCUAACCACUGAGCUACAGCUCUAAAAAUAAAGUAAGAUUCCAGUCCUCAUGGAACUGACUAAAGGACCGAUUUAUAUAGAAACAUAGGGGACUGGGUCUAGCUCAGUAUUGCUUGCAAUGAUUGGCAACAGCUCUCUAGGAUUUUACUCAGGAGAUAUUCCGAGUCUUCCUUGGAAAUGCCAGGACCUGCAAUCAAAGCGAAUGCUCUGCCACUUCCCUUCCCUCUAAUUCCAGCAUUGGGAUUCGACCUCCGGUCCACAGGUUCUUGAACACAGCCACACCACUUCACUGCAAGGAUCUCUGCAUGCUGCCCUGUUGAGCAGGAGUUGGGGUGGAGAAUAGAUGGCAGAGGAAGGCUUAGAGGGGGAGAAAUACAGAUGAGUUCACUGAAGACCCAUUGAUAAAACGCUAUUAUACCAUUCAUGUUCAGAGGCAGUCUAUUUUAGAGGGCAAACUGCUUACUUAUCCUGCCCUCCCAAGGACAGCAAACAACAAAAUGCCGGUGGGGGGCGGCAAUUACAUUAAGAAAAACAUUGAAAACCUUUAAGCCACAUACACUCAGUUGGAUAGCAACAUUAAUAAUGAGUGGAGCAGGCCCGCUUCAGCAAGGAGGCCACCCCACAAACAGAACCACCACCAAAAAGGCCCUGUUUGGGUUGCCACCAAUCAGGCACCACCAACAUGGCCUCCUUUGCUGAUCGCAGGUCCCAGAAUGGUUGAUACUGAGAGAGAUGCCCUUUAAGAUCAAUAAAGGGUAGUCAUUGCUGCCAUACCCAGCUAGUGAGUGCUGAGAAACAUCUGGCUGCCCCCAUUUUUUGGAACUGGGAUGCUGCACUAGAUAGAUUUUUCUGAUCUGGCAAGACAGUUCCUACACCCAUAUUAGGGAGAUUAAAAUCAGUAUGUCCUAAUGAUACCUUCCCAUCUGACUCGAGAGCCUGUUUCUUGUUUUUAAUGUCUCUUCCCCCCUCCCUUUGUUUCCUGCCCAUCCCUAGGAUGUCCUUGGGUGUGUCUGUGUGAACCCAGGCCGGCUAACAAAAGGCCAGGUAGGGGGCACCUAUGGGCGUUUGUGCAUCCAGCAGAAGGUCUCCAAGGACCAGGAGGAGCGGAAGAGCCCUUGCAUCGCUGCUCAGGUCGUGAGAAUCUAACUUGCAUCCAUCUCCUCAACCCACCAGCAGAGAGGACUGCAGAGGUUUUGCUGGAGCGGGACCAAAACACAGUUUAGGGACGAGACUGAAGAGACAGAGCGGGUUUCUCCUCCAAUGUCUAGGAGUCUCUCAGGGCUGCAGCUGUUUGGGAAUCUGCCUUCCACCUUUGCUGCCAACACAGCUGGAGAGAAUCUCUUCUGUUCCAAUUUCCCCAAGUUUGGGCGGGGAAGAAUGGAUUUGCCUACGCUAAUGUCCUUUUGACAAAACACUUUCUACUUUGAGAAGACAGAUAAAAAGUUAGCUAUAUUCA